UCAGACCAGCAGAUCCAGUCGGACCAGUUUCCUGGUUCCCUCCCCUGCAGAUCUGCAGCUUGAAGACGAGUCUGAUCAACACGAGAUAAACACUGAGAGCUGACAGCCUCCGUUCUCUGCACAGACGCAUGAUUUGUAGAUCAGCGCUCAGACUAGUUUCAGCUUUGAGGAGUGAAACUGUCUCAGUCUCAGUUACUGAGAGGUGAAAUGGCGCAGAAAGGAGAUCGGCUGGACCAGGAAACCUUUUCUUGUUCCAUAUGUUUGGAGGUUUUAAAGGAUCCGGUGACUAUUCCCUGUGGACACAGUUACUGUAUGAACUGUAUUAAAAACUUCUGGGAUGAAGGAGAGAAGAAACUCCCCAGGUGUCCUCAGUGUAGAGAGACUUUCAUCCCGAGGCCUGCGCUGGUGAGAAACACCAUGUUGGCAGCUUUAGUGGAGCAGCUGAAGAAGACCGGACUCCAAGCUGCUCCUGCUGAUCACUGCUAUGCUGGACCUGAAGAUGUGGCCUGUGAUUUCUGCUCUGGAAGAAAACUGAAAGCCACCAAGUCCUGUUUGGUCUGUCUGGUCUCUUACUGCGAGACACACCUUCAACCUCAUCAUGAUUCAUCUUCAUUCAAGAAACACAAGCUGGUGGAUCCCUCCAAGAACCUGCAGGACAACAUCUGUCCCAGUCAUGGUGAGGUGAUGAAGAUGUUCUGUCGUACUGAUCAGAAGUGUAUCUGUUAUCUCUGCUCUGUGGAUGAACAUAAAGGCCACGACACGGUCUCGGCUGCAGCAGAAAGGACGGAGAGGCAGAGAGAGAUGGAGGUGAGGCGACAACAAAUCCAGCAGGAGAUCCAGGACAGAGAGAAAGAUGUGAAGCUGCUUCAGUGGGAGGUGGAGGCCAUCAAUCAGUCUGCUGAUAAAACAGUGGAGGACAGUGAGGAGAUCUUCACUGAGAUGAUCUCUCUCCUCCAGAAAAGGAGCUCUGAUGUGAAGCAGCAGAUCAGAUCCCAGCAGGAAACUGAAGUGAGUCGAGUCAGAGAGCUGGAGGAGAAGCUGCAGCAGGAGAUCACUGACCUGAAGAGGAGAGACGCUGAGAUGAAGCAGCUCUCAGACACCGAGGACCACAACCAGUUCCUCCACAGCUGCCCCUCACUGUCACCACUCAGUCAGUCCACACACACCUCCAGCAUCAGCAUCCGUCCUCUCACACACUCCUCCAGCAUCAGCAUCCGUCCUCUCAGAUACUUUCAGGAUGUGACAGCAGCUGUGUCAGAGGUCGGAGGUCAACUACAGGACAUCCUGAGAGACCCGUGGACAAACGUCUCACUGGCCAUCACCGAGGUGGAUGUUUUACUGCCACAACCAGAACCAGUACUAGAACUAGAACCAGAACCAGAACCAGAAACAGAACCAGAACCAGAACCAGAACCAGAACCAGAACCAGAACCAGAACCAACGAGCAGAGCUGGAUUCUUGAAGUAUUCAUGUGAAAUCACUCUGGAUCCAAACACAGUAAACACACGGAUGUUACUGUCAGGGGAGAACAGAAAUGUGACGUUUAUGAGAGAAGAUCAGUCUUAUUCUAGUCAUCCAGACAGAUUCAUUAAUGUUCGUCAGGUCCUGAGUAGAGAGAGUCUGACUGGACGUCAUUACUGGGAGGUGGAGAAGAAAGAAGGUGAAGUUGGUGUAGCAGUUUCAUACAAGAAUAUCAGCAGAUCAGGGGGGUGGAAGGAACGUGUAUUUGGAGGAAAUGACAAAUCUUGGUCACUAUAUUGUCACGCAGACAGUUAUGAAUUUAUUUACAACAACAUCAGAACCUCCAUCUCAGGUCCUCAGAGCUCCAGAAUAGGAGUUUACCUGGAUUACAGUGCAGGUGUUCUGUCCUUCUACAGCGUCUCUGAAACCAUGACCCUCCUCCACAGAGUCCAGACCACCUUCACUCAGCCGCUGCACGCUGGAGUUGGGUUUAGUUACCCCUUCUUUAGACUCUUUAUGGUCUCCCGUCCUGGAGCCUCAGCUGAGUUCUGUAAACCCAAGUAGACGUGUUUCCUCUUCAUGUUUUCAUCUCAGUUUUUAUUGAUUUUCUUUCCUUCUCAGAGACGAACGUCUCAAACUCUGAUGGAUGGAGGGAUGUUGUUGUUCUAUAAGUUGAUGUUUUGUUGUUGUUUCCUCUUUUGGAGGUGGAAGUCGUUCUUUUGUAGCUUCACCUGGGAAAUAUUCAUGUUAUUAACAUCUUCUAUGUCAGUAUAAAAAUAUAGAAAUAUACUGUGUUGUAAUUGUUGUUAACUGUUAGUUUGGAUGUGUUUCUAGGUUGUAUUUCUCUUUUCUUCUCCUCUUUUUCUUCCACUUCAUGGACUCAGACGACCCACCAGACCUUCUUCAUCUCUGAUGUCAUGUCUGCAUUCACACUGGUUUCCUCCUUCAUUAGCAAACCAAAUGUUGUUGUUUUGUAAACCAGUGAAGAAGUUUUUAAGGUGAAAUAACAGCAAAGCGUAUCUGAGGGCACCGACUUCUGAGAUCUGCUCGGUUCUUGUUAAACGCUGCAGAGGUCAAAGUUCAUGAAAUGGUGACAGAUGUUUGUUCUGUCUCCGACUUGUUGAUGAUUGUUUGUUGACAUGUGCAAGGCUUUGUACAUGACACAAAAUAAACCACCGCGCUUUAA